AUGGAAAAUACACAUGUUCCUGCUUGGAAGAGGAUAGCAAUUAAAAAACAAAAUAACGAUGCCACUGAUGACUUUAGUACGGAAGACCCAUUGAAUGUGACUACACAUCUUUCCACUGGGUCCUUAUCCAGAAAGGAGAAGAAGCGUAUCAUUAACAAAGAUCCUGAUCUUGGUAAGAGUAAAAAUAAAGUUACAAAGACAAAGAAGGAUAAGAAAAAAUUAAAAUUAUCCAGAGAAGAAAGACUGCAAAAGAAAAAUGUUGUAUUGAAGGAUCAACUGCGUUAUUUGCUGGAUUUUUAUAAGACAAAAGUAUCCGAAGAUAUUCCGAAGAGUGUAUUAAAUUUGGAAAAUGUUAAGAUGAACUAUAGCCACAAUGUUGAGGAUACGGAUAAAGAGCCACAAAGUUUGGUUGUCGAUGUCUGGAAAUUUGCCAAAUCAAAACAAAACUGGUUAAUUAAACAUUUCUUUAAUAUCGAAGAGAUCCCAAUAGAGUAUGAUGAUAUAUUGAUUGAAUAUUUUAAAGAUUUAAAGGGCAAAAUGAAAGAUGAUCUAAUACAAAAAUGUCUAGCACAAAUAAAGGACUGGAAUGUUUAUACGGUGGCUGAAGAACAGAAAAUUAAAGACAUGGUAGAAGGUAACGACAAUAAGAAGGAAUCCAAAGAUGAAGAUAAAAAAGGUGAAGAUGGAGACAAAUUAAAUGAUGAUCCAGAUAAGGAUGGAGAAGAUAAGGAUGAGAACAAGAAAGAAGAGCAACCUGAAAUUGUGCCUCCAAGUAAGUUUGUCGUUUCUAGGAGUCAUAAACUAUUAACGAGGUGGGCUCAAUUCGAAGAUGAAAGCAUUGACAAGUCUAGCAUGGAACUAUUGAAUUUCAGUCUAUGA